AACAGAAGGGGCGCUAGUGCAACAACAGCCUUAAAAACCAGGAAGAAGAAGAAAGCAACAUGGCGCAUCCCUGGCAAAAUGGAUUCUCCUUGUGUAAUUGACAGCUGAUUUGAAAAUCAUCGUAAAAGACAUCUGCAAAUGACGAACGGCCGCUUUGUGUACAGUACAUUAAGCAGUGCACCCAGAUGCAGCACAGGAGCAACAAUUAAGCACCAAAGAGCCAAAAAUAGGUGGAUCACAGUUUUGCGGACCUCUUUUUAUUGGCCCAUGUAGGUGUGGAUGUGCUUCCUGUCACACUGGCAGAGGAGACGGGACAGGAGGUGUCGCCAGGCGUGACACCAAGGCUGCACCAUCCAUCUGCCUCCGAAUGUGUCAAGCAUCCACACGCUGAAGGCUAAAAGGUCCAGGUCCACAUUUGUACCUCACAGGCACUGACAGGUGGUGUUGGCUGGUUGAGGAACAGAGCAUGUGGAGUGGCUUCUGUUACUAUGGAGUCAAAGGAUAAGCAGCAGGAGGAAGAUCCUGUUACUUUGGGCUUGUUGACUCAUCAAGCCCUGGGAAGACUCAGGGAUCAGCUUGGCGACCUGUUGGACCAGUACCAGAAGACUACUAGCAAACGGGUCUCUGCACAGGAACACUGGGUGAGUAGCUUCCUUUACCAUGGCAACCGCCACUCCUGUCUCCACUGGCCGGGAGCUGCUCUCACUAUUUUGGUGGCACUGGGACUCUUGUGUUGCUAUGGCAGUCAGCCAAAAGGCAGUUCUGGUAGUGAAGUGGUGAAUGCUGCUGCUCUCGUCAUCCUUUUGCUGGUGAAUCUGCUGCUGGUCAGACGACAAGAGAUGCUCAAAAGGAGUGAGAUGGUCCGUCGUCUCAAAGGCAUCGUAACGCAGCUCAGCGAUUAUCUUUCCGGUUGGGUGGGUGAAGUGCGGUGGCCUGUAUCUCUUUACCCUGAUCUAUACACACCCUCGUCGCCAUCGUGGUCUCUUCAUUGGACAUACCGUGACUCCCAGUUGGUCAAUCUGCCUGUCAGUCUGCUGGUGGAAGGAGAUAUCAUUGCUCUGAGACCCGGGCAAGAAGCAUUUGCCUCUCUCCGAGGAAUAAAGGAUGAUGAACACAUUGUAUUGGAGCCUGGAGAUUUGUUCCCCCCAUCCUCUCCGACUCCUUCUGCACUAGCCAAUGAGAAAAGAGGACCCCAUAGCCCACAGCAACAUCGUCUCUUCAGAGUUGUCAGGACUCCAGUUCUAGACACCGUUAGGAGUUGUUUGGAGUUGGCAGGAUCUCGGCCAAUCACAGUCCUAGACAAUGAGCGUUUUACAGUGCAGUCCGUCAUCACCAAGCUGGUCUGUCCUGUGGUGCUGGUGGCCUUUCUGCUGGUAAACUCCGUACGAUACUUUUGUGACGCACCCAACCUCACCCCCACCAGCUACAACUUCUUGCAGCUUCAGUUGAUGGGUGUGCUGCCUGUCUUACCGCUGCUAUUCCCCAUCAUGUGGGUACUGGUGAAUGCCUUUGGAGAGGCCAGGGUCCUUGCCGAGUUCAGCCGUGUAUCUCCAGCAGGACUGCUUGCAAAGUUUUCUGAGGACACUCUAAGCAGCUACACUGAAGUGGUUUCCUCCCAGGAGAUGAUGCUUUGUGUGUGGAGACAUCUUGUUGGUGUGCUGAAGGGAGCAUCUCAGACUCUUUGCUACACAUCCAGCCUUUUACACACUCUUGGAUCUGUCACUGUCUUGUGCUGUGUGGACAAACAGGGUAUCCUGUCGUGGCCUAACCCUAGCCCUGAGACGGUGCUGUUCUUCAGUGGACGAGUGGAACCACCACACAACAGCCAGGAAGAUCUCAUAGAUGGCCUGUCAGUCAACUCCUACUGCAGAAUGGAGACCUAUGAAGACAGGGAUGAGGCCCUGGAGGUGGAAGCUCUUCUAUGUCAACCUGCAGAACUCACCACCCAGCUUGGGGAAAUACCUGACCCCAGUGAGACGACUCGUGCAACAGACACACUAAGGCUUCAGCGCUCCUGCCAACCUGGAAACACUCGCACCAAACACAACUCUGGAUCCAAUGUGAGCUACAGUCGUGACACAGAGGGAGGUGAAGACCAAUCUCAGGAAUUUGGAAUUGGCUGCCAAGAAACGGAAGCAGAUGAUUUUGUGUGCGACUACCACCUAGAAAUGUUGAGUCUGUCUCAAGAUCAGCACAACCCUGCUAGCAUUCAGUUUGAUGAUCUGUCAUGGCAGUGUCACUUGCCUUCACUCAAGCCACUGGGCCUCAACAUCAUGCUUAACCUCUGCAACACCAGCGUUACCCAGCAGCUUUGCCGCUUCUCUGAUCAUUUAUCCAAUCUGGCAGUGCAAGAGAGCCAUGGCUGUGUGCAGCCGGUUUGCGUUCCUUGGGGGCUCUGUGAGCUCUCAAGGCUCAUAGGGUUCACUCCCGGUGCAAGGGAGCUGUUUAAACAGGAGAGCCACCUGGCUCUUUAUCAGCUGCCAACUGGAGAAAAUGCGAAAGAUCUGCCUUCGAGACGUCUGCAUUACUUCACAAAGCGUCAGCCACCUCUAUCCCACCUGAUCUCCCUCUUUGUACGAGACUCUUCCUCGAAUAAUGUCCAGAUGCUGUCCCAUGGUACAGCCGACUUGAUCUUGGAGGCCUGCACUGACUUUUGGGAUGGAGCUGAUAUUUAUCCACUCUUAGGCUCUGACCGAAAAAAGAUUCUGGACUUCUACCAACGUGCCUGUCUGUCCGGUUAUUGCUCAGCCUUUGCCUAUAAACCCAUGCAAGUUUCAUUGUCCAGCCAAUUGAAUGGGAAGUGUGUGGAGCUGGCCCCUGGACCCUGUCUAUUCUCGGGGCUGGAGCUCUCCUUCACCACUCCCAUCAAAUACAAUUCCUGCAGGAACAGUUGGAGCUCAGAUGAAGGAAUUGGUGAAGGAGUGGAACGUGAAGAUUGUGUUCAAGCCCUGAGCGGACAGAUAUUCAUGGGAAUGGUAUCAUCCCAGUUCCAGGCUCGGCUGGAUACCGUCAGGCUCAUUGAUGCCUUGAUCACUGCAUGCAUUCGUUUUGUUUACUUUUCCAUGGAGGAUGAACUCCGUAGUAAGGUUUUUGCAGAGAAGAUGGGUUUAGAGACAGGCUGGAACUGUCAUAUCUCACUGACUUCAAUUGGAGAUGGUCCCUGUGAAGCAGUUCCUUCCAGCCCAGGUCAUGGUUCUCUUCAUGAUGACUUGAACCAAGAUUCACGAGAUGAAGCAGAUGGACCACUGCUGCCAGAGGAGGAAGCACACUCUGAUCUGGCCAGCUUUCAGCCAACAGAUAGUGAUGUGCCCAGCUUUCUUGAAGACUGCAACAGGGCAAAGCUUCCUCGUGGCAUUCACCAGGUUCGACCUCACUUGAAGAACAUUGAUAAUGUGCCUCUGUUGGUGCCACUUUUCACUGACUGCACCCCUGACACCAUGUGUGAGAUGAUAAAGAUCAUGCAAGAGAACAGGGAGGUUACAUGCUGUUUGGGAAGCGCCGCUAAUUUCCGGAACAGCCGCCUGUUUCUACAAAGUGACCUCAGUAUUGCUCUGGAUCCGAUUUACCCGUCUCAGUGCUCACGGGAGACGUUUGGUUAUGCCACCUGGAGUCCUUUCAACAGUAACACAGAAGGUCUGUCUCCUCUGAGACUCUCAGGGCAACUCAACAGUCUUGGCUGCUCUGUCACCUUUCACCAAGGAGAGAGCGUCAGCAUGAUCAAGCUCAUAGAGCAGGCACGACACACAACGUACGGCAUUCGAAAGUGCUUCCUGUUUUUGCUGCAGUGUCAGCUCAGUCUGGUCAUCAUACAGUUUUUAGCCUGUUUAGCUCAGCUCCCUCCUCCCAUGAACACCACUGACAUCCUCUGGCUCUCUUGUUUCAGCUGCCCACUGCUAAGCAUGUCACUUCUGGGAAAGCCACCAGACAGUUCAGUCAUGACAGUUGCCACUGGGAAGAACCUCGAUGCCAUUCCAAAAAAGACUCAAAACUACUUCCUUGGCUGUUUUGUUUUGAAGUUUGGCCUGACGGUAUGUGCUUAUUUGUUGGCCUUUGGCUUCACACUACAAGAGAUCUGUCUCAGAAGCACAAACGUAACCAUGUUGGAGAACACAGCUGGAAUUUGCCUGCAUAUACUCACAGCCAGCUCUUCAGACCAUGCUCCUCGUUGGUUUUGUGAACUGUCCAAUGGUCUGCUGUUAACUCAGAAGGUCAUGACGGGUUUCCUGGUCUUACAUACAGUGGUGAUCUCUCUAAGCUACGUCCACCGCUCUCAGCCUUUGUGGCGAAAGAGUCCUUUCAGCAACACCUGGUGGUGUCUCACUGUACCUGUGGUUCUGCUCAGCCAGGUAGUCCAGGCCACAGUGGAUUACCAGUUGUGGCGUGACCGGGACAGCCUCCUGAACUUUGGACUGGGUGACAUACCUCUGCUUGGAUGGCUGCUGGUGUGUCUGUCUCCUCUGCUGGUAGUGGUGGUCAAUGAGGCAGUCAAGCUGCAUGAGAUAAGGGUGCGAGUUCGCUACCAAAAGAGACAGAAGCUGCAGUUUGAAACAAAGCUCGGAAUGAACUCUCCAUUCUGACGACGUCGGUGAACUACCAGUGUCCAAGUAAUAUCUGCCAGCAGCCGAAGAAGGCCAGCAUAACAACUCAACUUAGCACUGACUGGCACCACAAACAUCAGCAGCAACGGAUGCCAACAAGUCUCCUUUUUCUUGGUUUUAUUACAAAUGUCUAAGCUGGGGUCUCUUUUCUUGCUGACUCUGCAUGAUUUUACUCAGCACAUGAAGACUGUAUUGUGACAUCAAACGUGAAAGAUGAUUGAUGAUGAUUUUAAUGACUUUUUAAAGAUGUUUUAUGGUGGAAGAGAACAUGACACUGUGUGAUCACUUACUUGUUGUCACUUGCCCUUGUAUCCAUUCCAAAACUUUAUUUAUAGCACACAUUUUUAGCAGAGGAUGUCAACUGAUUGUAGAUAUUAUGAUAAUCAACCCUACUGAAAUGACAAUGACACUUUUGCUAAUUGUGACACGUGUAUUUAAAGGGGAAACAUUAGAUUACUUUUAAAGAAAGCCUCUUUUGAACGGGUUUUCUGGAACAGUGUGUAAUUAUGUGUACUGUUAAAGCUCUUUUUUGAGAAUAUCACAUAUGAAUAAGCGAAGUUGCACUGCCUGUGCUGUCAAAAAUCACUUUGCAAAUAAAGACCAUAACUCCAAAGUCUAUUAUGUGUCCUGUGGCCAAAAAGGGGGCUCUCUUGUACGGUGGCAACAGCACAAACACAAUUACAAAAGUGAAGCACAAUGGAAAAUGUCCAUGACAAAAGUUUGACAAAAAAAAGGCUAAGUGGACCGCCACUAGAUAACUGGGAUUCAUGUUCUUAUGUGCACCAAUGUUGUGUGUUUUAUGUGACAUACUGUACUCUGUGUGUGUAAUAGGCAUGUCACAGGACACCCAACUCUUGAGAUGAGACGAUGCAUGAGAUACAUGAGGACGAGAUGAUAUUUUAACAAUUUUAAGAAAAUUACAAUGGAAAAAAAUAAGACCGCACAAACAUUGCAGGUGUGUUUUGAAAUAUUUAUUGUCCAACAAAAGACGCUACAACUACAUUGUCAACAUUUUUUUGAGACCAAAUAAACCACUGUUAUAAAUAAUAUAUAAUAAGGCAAUAUUUUUUUAAAUAUGCCAUAUUUCACUCUGUAAAGUUGCAGAAUUGGUGUUUGUGACGUAUUUCCGCACAGGCGAUUGGUAAUGUUAAACAUUUGCAGCAUUUCUUGAAAUGCUGGCUUUUCAACGGUAUUAAAGAGCAGCAUUUCUUUUGCCAUGACUUCUGUGAACACACCAUUUUGUGCUGUUCCGUUUGUAUUUAAUCAGUGAGUGUUGACUGUCGGAACACGCAUGCACAGUUUUAGUUAUCGCAAGACAGUUUUUUAUUUUUCUGAGAAAUCUUGUCACGUUUUAAUCUCAAGGUCUUGUGCCAUCCCUAGUAUAUAAGAUAUAUAUUUAAGGGACAUCACAGUUGAAAAAAAUAAUUCCGAUUUUUUUCGGUUUUCAAACUAAUUAAUCAUGAUUAAUAACCAUUUGCAACUAUUUCUGAAAUAUGCCCAUUUUACUGUGUUGUAUGAAGAGAAAGAUAAAUGGCAGUACAGGAUUAUGUAUAUU